GUGUUUGAGCAUCCUCAGUGACAGGAGCCUGACAGGCAGCACCCAGGGAUAAAAGCCAAAUAAGACCUUUUCAAGAAAGGGAGAGGUGCCUGCAGAGCAAGAGAAGCCAGUGCAGGGUUAUUGUGCAGCAGACAGCUGUCACAUCUAAGGGUCACUUUUUAACAAGUUUAUUUCUUUCCCAAACCACGUGGACAAAGUCACCAGAGUUCAUGUGUGACAUAUACAGCCUGGACUCCCACUGCGUGUCCCCACAAUGCAACAUGAGUUGGGCGAUGGAGCCUGCUAACUUCUACGAGAGCACCAAGCUGGGCGGCCCGCAGCAGGGGGUCUGCAAGCCGGGCAGCAGGAGCGACGGAGCGGGCGAGGACGGCACCAUGGUGGAGCUGAGCACCGCCCCUGCCAUGUACGACGACGAGAGUGCCAUCGACUUCAGCCAGUACAUCGAGUCGAUGACAGCCGUGCCAAACCUGGAGCUGUGCAACGACGAGCUCUUCCUCGACCUGUUCAACACUGUGAAGCAGGAGAAGGCGGAUUUCUACAACAUGCAGAGCUCGUUGCAGCCCAGCAGCGUGCAGCAGCUGUCAGCCACAUACACAGCGGAGAGGAAGGCGGACACCGGGCUGGAAAAGGGGGCGUUCAGUGCGCCCAUCAAGCAGGAGUCCGACUGGAGUGACAGCGACAUGUCCUCAUCCCUGCCUUCCCAGAUCGAGACCUGCGCCCAGACCUCCGUCAGCCUCCCUACAGGACAGCCGACCCCGCCAACCACCCCGGAGCCCGUCUCCACUGUCAGCUCAGCCAAAUCCUCCCCGCGCAAGAUCGGGAGGGAGAAAGGCAAAAAGGCGGUGGACAGGUACAGCGUGGAGUACAGACAGAGGCGAGAGAGGAAUAACAUUGCAGUGAGGAAAAGCAGGGAUAAAGCCAAGAGGCGCAACAUGGAGAUGCAGCAGAAGCUGAUUGAACUGAGUGCUGAAAACGACAGGCUUCACAAAACUAUCGAGCAGCUAACCAGAGAGCUCACCGGCCUCAGAGAUUUCUUCAAGCAGAUACCCAACUCCUCCUUUGCCGCUCUGUCCACGACUGUAGAGAGUCGGUGACAAAUGAACUCUUCUAUGAACUGAGCUUUUAGGAGACAUACCUCAAGAGACUUUUGUUUUUACCAUCUGUACCAGAUGUAUUUUAAGCUUACCAUAAUGGCACUGGAAAAUAUAUGAUGUUGCUGCCAUAUUUUUGUGGGAUUUUAUCUGUAUUAAAUUAUUUUACCACUGCAUUUAUAUGAUAUGAUGUUAUACCUGACAUGGUACAUGUUUUAUAAUUCCAAACUUUGUAUAAGAGCCAGAGCAUGAUCUUUUAUAUAGUUUGUAUGAAACCUUGAAAACAUUUUGUUUAUGGAAUCUCCAAUAAAAACAUGGAAAAGGUA